AUGUCGAAGAACGACUCUUCGUCAUCCUCACGUAGAUCACGUUUAUUCCACACGAAUUCCGGGUUUUUCCGUACCAAUUCGCAGUUUUUUUCCAAACCGAAGUUCAACUCCAAAUAUGUCGAUGAAGACUACGUUGAAGGACCUCGCAAUCCCUCUCGUUCACGGGAAGGAACUCCAUUUGACUCUCAGCGCAGCAAUUCUACCGAUUCUUCUACAUCUCCCACUUCUUCAAGAAGUCCGUCCUACGACUCACCCACUAUGAAUGGGCCAGAGCUGGCGUCAGGGCCAAGCUCUGGAGCACCCGGCGCGGCCUCUGCAGGUACAAGAUCGGCCUUUAAAAUGUUCUUUCAAGGUGCCACAUCAAGUAGAAGGUCAUCCAAAAUGUCUUCCUCGUCUUCUGAAACCAAUGUCCAGGGUCAAACUCCAAGAGAUUCUCCUCGAAUCUCUUCGUCCACAUUGGAACCACCUGGAGAUCAUAGUGCAGAUAGUAGCAAACGUGAUAGUGCCGAAGAGGGUGUCAAUACUCCCGAAGCUCUUUCAUCAUCUGUUCCGGGCCCUUCUGCAUCUUACACCGGAUUGCAUGCUUUAAGAACCAAUAGUGAGAAAAUUGUUCCUCCUUUAAAGCAUCCGAUCAGACCAGGUCAUAAAGUUGGCAGAAGGUCCACUUUACUCAGUAAAUUGAUGCCAUCUAGAAGAGAAAACGAUAAAGGUGGUAUUGACAUGUCUAGAGCGUCCACUCUUCCCACUAAACAGAACUCGGCUAUCAGUAGAUUAAGCAGACGAGUGGAAUUACACUCUGGUCAUGCAUCGGUGUCUCCACAUCCUCGCCAGAAAUUCGAGAAUCUCUUGAUACCUUCCAGAUCUAGCGAUACAAUGGGGCAUGCAGGUCAUAUUCCUUCUCCUUUUGGCAUUAAUCUCGAUACACCAGAGGACGAUAUGUCUAAGAUUACAAGACUAUCCACAACUACCAUGUCAAGGGUCAAUUCUAUGAAUACUCAGAGCAACGAUUCAAAUGAGAGUUCAAAAUCCGGUUGGAUGGCGCCCCAGAGCUGGAAGGUUAGAACUGAGACUCUUCUUAGUCCAGACCGUUCGGCAAAGAACUCUCAUUCUGGAAGAACAACCUCCUUGGGAUUGUCGUCCUCAUCUUGGUCAUCUAGUUCUUCAACAGAGUCUCUCGAGGAUCUUGAUACUCCUGACACUUCCCGAAGAACUACUCUUUCUACUGACCCCAGCAUCUCUUCAACACCUGGAAACCGCCGCCAUCAUCACCAUCGUAUGAAUGAGCUUAAAGGUGCUUCAAGGUCUUCUGUUAGAAUAUUCAAAGGCGACAAAAGUUCUGUGCUACCCUGUACAUUAGAUACCACCUGCAAAGACAUUCUUGAUACCUUAAGAAGGAAAAGAUUCAUCAAAACUGAGGAGGAUCAUAUUAUUGUUCUCAAAUGCGGUGGACUUACAAGAUCCUUGUCGUACGAAGAGAAACCUUUGAAAAUCCAGAGAAGUUUGCUUUUCAUGUAUGGUUACACAGAAAGGGACAAUCUGGAUUACAUUGAGCGUACUGAUUUAAGCUUUUUAUUCAAAUUCAUUGUCCAAGACAGGGGUGUUGAACUGAUCAGCGAGGCCAAAAGAACUUUAAUUGAUCCUCACAAGGUUGACUUGGACAACUGGAAUUUGCAGGAUAUUCCGAAUUUUUUGUAUGCCGAACCAAUUUCAAGUUUGGAUGUCUCUCAAAAUCCAUCCUUUGAGUUUACAAAGGAAUUUAUGCACGAUUGCAGAAACCUUCAGACUUUAAAGUUUACUCGAAGUGGUCAUCCCACUUUUCCUACUGCGGUGGUUUAUGCUCCUCGGCUUUCCAACCUUGACUUGGAAGUUAACUACAUUCGGCUUAUUCCUCCGGAAAUAUCGCAGCUUACACACCUCACCACCUUGAACCUGGCAUGUAAUCGUAUAUCUCGCUUACCGGACUCCUUUUCUCAAUUGCAGAGUUUGAAGAAUUUGAACCUAUCUUCUAAUCGGUUGAAGCAGAUCCCUAAUCAGAUCCUUUCCAUUUCUUCUCUUAAGAGGUUAGAUUUGUCUUACAAUCUGAUCAGCAAGCUCGAUAAUGGCUUGGCAUCUUUGACUGAGCUCGAAGUGCUUCAGAUUGCUGCAAACAAGUUGACCGGCGAUCUUCCAGAUUUCUUCAAAGAUUUCGAUUAUUUGAUCAAGGUCGAUAUUCGUUUCAACAACUUGUCUUCAAUAGAAUCCUUGAAGGAUUCCUCAAAAUUGGAAGUUAUUCGUGCCACGGGUAACAAUAUCUCUGUUUUCAGAAGCAAUGCUACGGCUCUAUUUGAGGUGGAAAUGAACCUUAAUCCUUUGACAUAUGUUUACUUCGAAUCUCCAAUGCCCAAUUUGAAGGUUAUCGAUUUUUCUAAGGGUAAGUUGACUUCGUGUUCCUUUGUUUGCAUGCUUACCGAUGUUGAAAAGCUUAUUCUGGAUUAUAACCAUCUGACUGGCUUACCUGACGAUAUUUAUAAGAUGCAGAAGUUGGUUCACCUUUCACUUUUCAAGAACAAUUUGAAUGCUUUGCCUGACACAAUAACUAAGCUAAAGCGCUUAAGAUAUUUAGACCUUCAUUUAAACAACCUCGGUGAUUUAAAUCCAAAUAUUUGGAUGAUGCCUUCCUUAGAACAUUUGAAUUUGUCAUCCAACUUGCUCGACUCCUUCCCUCCUCCCCCUGAACGUAUAGACGUUCAAGAUGACAAUAGAAAUGGCGAAAAUGAGCAGGAUAUUACUGAUGACAAGGAAUUGACGAAUAAUGAGAAAUUUGAGGACAUUCCUGAAGAGGUGUCUGUCAAAUCAUCCGAUAUCUCACCAAAGACUGAGAAAUUUCCCCCAAAGCAAACCAGAACUCACACUUUUAGGUUAGAAGAUUCAUUAAAGUUUUUGAGCAUAAAUGAUAACAACCUCGGAGAUAGAGUGAUUCCGAUAAUCUCUGUGUUUCAUAACUUGGAAUAUUUGAACUUAUCAUACAAUAAGAUAUAUGAGAUUGCUCCUGGUUAUCUUUCCAAUAUGCACAAGUUAAAAGGCUUAUAUCUUUCUGGAAAUUAUCUAUCAUCUUUACCUGUUGAUGACUUAGACUCCUUUGGUGAGCUGACGACAUUGCAUUUGAAUGGUAACAGAUUUCAUACUUUACCAGCAGAGCUUUACAAGAUCCACAAUUUGACUGCGUUGGAUGUGGGUUCCAAUAGCUUGAAGUACAACAUUAGUAACAUUCCCUAUGAUUGGAACUGGAGCUACAAUAAGAAACUUCAGUAUCUUAAUUUUUCCGGAAAUAAACGGUUGGAGAUCAAACCUCAACAUAAGCAUGAUGAGAACGAUGAACAGCUUGACUCUUUUAUUGGCCUACGAGACUUACGUAUGUUGGGUUUGAUGGAUGUUACCAUUACUACGGAUGCGGUCCCAGAUCAGUCAGUUAAUGUAAGAGUGAGGUCCACCUCUUCGCAGAUUGGAAAAUUUGGAUACGGUAUAUCGGAUACCCUUGGUAACCGUAGAGUUCUAUCCACGAGGGAUGUUGUGAUGGAGAAAUUCAGAGGAAAGUCCGACGAAAUGCUUAUCACCAUAUAUGAUGGUAAAAACUGUUCGAGGACUCAUAGUGACAAGAUUUCUAAGAUUAUUCAGGAAACUUUUGAUAUCCAUUUGAAGAAAGAAUUGGAGACAUUGGAAUCUGUGGUUAUUCCAGGAAACACCUCAAAGACGAUUGAGGAUUGUCUUAGGGAGGCCUUUUUGGCUAUGAACUCUGAGAUGAAUAUAUUGAUCAACAAGGAUGCUUCUUCGACUUUCAGUUCUGCUGCUGCACAUAGAACUCAGACCACGGAUGAGCUCAGCUUAAACGAAGAUGGAUACACCGGAUGUUGUGCUACCAUAAUAUAUAUUAAGGGAGAUGAAGUGUAUUUGGCCAAUCUUGGUGAUACGAUGGGUAUUUUAACCAAAUCCGACGGCGAAUUCACUGUGAUCACUACAAAGCAUGAGCCUUAUGCCCCUGAAGAAUACGAUAGAAUCAGACACUCAGGAGGUUAUGUGACAACGGACGGUUAUUUGGAUGGUGUUUCUGAGGUGUCACGUGCUGUGGGCUACUUCAAGUUAAUUCCUCAUAUUAAUGCUAAGCCAAGCAUCCAUAAGUUUAAACUUUCUUCUAAAGAGGAGAUGAUCGCCAUUGCUACUUCAGAUAUUUGGAAAAAGAUUCCAUUUGAUUUGGCCGCAGAUAUCAUCCGUCAAGAAAAGUCUAACCCUGGCGUUGCAGCUGAAAAGCUUAGAGACUUUGCGAUCUCGUAUGGAGUGCGUGACAAAGCUACCGCGGUGGUGUUAUCCUUGAAGCAAUUCACAACGAAGUCAAAAAAUUACACGAGAAGCUCUCAGCCUGAAGAUUCCAUAUUGCGAAAAUUGGACGAAGAGAUUGAGCCACCUACUGGUGAGGUUGCGAUGGUAUUCACAGAUAUAAAAAAUUCGACAUUACUCUGGGAUACCUAUCCUGUUGCCAUGAGAUCUGCUAUUAAAGUUCACAACUCCAUAACGAGACGGCAGAUGCGUAUUAUUGGAGGUUACGAGGUCAAGGCAGAAGGUGACGCAUUCAUGGUUUCAUUUCCUACCCCUGCUUCGGCAUUGCUUUGGUGUUUCGCAGUGCAAUCACAACUUGUGGGUACCAAUGAAUGGCCUGCCGAGAUUCUUUCGUCUGAUCAGGGCUGUGAGAUCAAAGAUCAGGAUUCUAAUAUCAUUUUUCGAGGACUUUCCGUGAGAAUGGGUGUUCAUUGGGGCACACCCGUUUGUGAAAGGGACAUUGUGACGAGGAGAAUGGAUUACUUUGGACCAAUGGUUAAUCGGGCUUCUAGAGUGAGCGCUGUAGCAGACGGAGGACAGAUCACUAUGAGUAACGAUUUUUACCAGGAGUUCCAAAGAUUACGGAUCUCCCACAAAAAAAUCGCCAAAGGUGAGACCAAGAUAGACUCGUUGUAUCCAUCUGCAGUAAUUGGAGAAAUUGUUGAGGGUCAAAUGCAACAAUUGGAACAGAUUGAAUGGGUAGAGAAAUAUAUCGGUUCUAAGAAAUUAAAGGGACUUGAAGCUCCAGAGAGGAUAUGGUUGAUUUGUCCUAAACCUCUUAAAGCUAGGAUGGAGAUUUUGCAGACCGAUAACAAAUCGCACAAGUUGACUUCAGGUGGAGUGACUCCUGCGAACGUUUGGUCACUCAGGCAGUUGGCUUUACGUCUUGAACGGAUUUGCACGUUCCUUUCAUGCGAUCAAAAAGAUCCGGAUCCAUCUGCUCAUGAUAAGUUUUACGAUGGAGUUUCGCACCAUGCAGAGAGUGCCCUCUCUUCUCAGCUGGCAAGGGGUGAAAAUGUUACUAGUGUAUUUUUAGAGCACACUAUUACCAGAAUCGAGAACUGCGUGGUUACAUUAUUCUUGAGGAAGACCAUGGCUGAACCUGGUCUUAAGAAAGGUAGUGUUGACUCGCUAUUUAAUGAAGUUCAAGCAUUGUUGACGGAAUCAAGAGCCAUUCAGAACGAUCAGAAUAAGGUUGAAGAGUUAUAA